CGAUUGAGCACUCUCGCCCAGCGGACCCCGCGCCUGUCUCGACGACUACGACGAGGAGAAUCAGCUGCAAAGUCCCAGCGGAAACCGACGAUCUAAGCACGCAACGGGAGCCCGAAAUGGCUGCGGCGUUUCCCAACGUGUAUGCCCAUCGAAAAGUCGCAGAGGCGUCGGCCAGGGCAUGCGACAUUUGCUACAAGCCAAGCACAUCGGUGCUCAUCACGCCUGAUAAAAAGGACUUCUUCUACGUGUGUCCAGUACAUCUAAAGGACAAAAACUUUGCCCUUCCUAAGAUCGACGAGGAGGCCGUCAAGGCUAAGCGGGAGAAAGAAUUGGCCGAGGAGACGGAGAAGCUGAAGAAGGAGUACGAAGAGAGGCAGCGCAAGAAGAAAGACAAGGAGGCGAAGAAGAAAGAAGACAAGGACAAAGACAAAGGUAGCAAAGACGACAAGGACAAGGACAAGGACAAAGAGAAGACCAAGGACGACAAGAGCACGGACGACGUCGCCGAGGAGAAAGAUUCUGGCCCAUCAACGCCGCAAGAAGAGGAGCCACGAGUGUUUGAGCUCAAGAGCGCAUUUUACCAACAACGCCUGCUCAAGAAACGGCAGGCUGGGGCAGCAAAGAGAGAUCGCGAGCGAGCAUCCCAGCCAGGAUACUUUCCAUCAGUUCCGACAGGCUUGCCUGGCAAGUGAGCUGAGGUCGCUCUCAUGCGAUGGCUGCCCAAGAACAUGCAGGGGGGAGUAAUUCUCAUAUAUAUCACGGACAUGAGGCGGCGCAUUCCUAAACACCUUUCUACUCAUCCAGCGAAUUAGUAUUCGACACGAUCCCAAGUUGGGCGGCCGCAACGUCAAUACCCAUUAUGCUCGACAAGCAGCUCCUCUUGGUGCGGCUGAGGAUGCUUCAACUACAAAGCUUGGGUGGUCGAUACCCGAUCUCACUUGCAGAAUUAUCUGCCGUGUCACGGGGCGACGACUGCGGAACCAGGCUUGCGCAUUUAAGGGUUUGCAACCACGCCGCAUCUCGCGUGCUGCAACAGCACAGCCGAACCGUUUGUCACCCUGCAUUGCGAGCGACAGAUUGUCCUAUGCAAGUAGCCACCGGGCUGCAAUGUUUCUGCGCGACUUUUUGGGGUCCUGUAGCCCCCAAACACCCAGGCCGCUUGACAGACAGGGACAGACAGCGGCUGGCUUGGCUUGCAUCUUGAAUGCAGCACCGGUGGCUGUAUGACGCUAUUCUAAGACGAAAGCAAGGUGUCACGUCCCACCAGGCACGCCUCUAUUGCGGCCGAUGAAGAGUGACGAGGAUGGGGGCGCUGGCCAUCGUCCCUGUGAAGACUAGCGCCUCUCUCGCUCUCGCCCUGCUGCAGGGCACCUCUGGUCACCUCCUCUCUCGGCUCCGGCAGGCAAACACCGAUUUCAAAGCUUUAUGCCUGCCGUUGGCAAUGAUGUGGCUUUUGGUCUGUGUCGAUAGCGGCUAACACGCGGGCGUCUUGUUUUGAAGAAACAAUGUCUUGCAAGGCCUCACAACCGACCACAUAUCUUGUGACUGCUCGUGCUCACACUUGCUCUAAAUGGCGCAUCACUCAUGUACCUUUCGUGCCUCAGGCCAUGGCCACAUCGUUCCGUUUGACAUCCCAUUUGCCUUCGUACGCACUGAUAGAUGACAUCAUGGAGUUGUGCAGGAAGCGAACCGAGGUUAGAGAGCCGGGCCGCAUUUUGCUGCCCAACGCAAGGAAACCGACUGACCCGACACGGCAUCCUCGCACAGCAUCGCCAAGUAUCCUCACAAGACACAGCAAAGGCUUUGCCAAUGUCUCUGAGUCUUUCAGUCUCUUACACGUGGAGACUUAACGGCCCCGGAAGGCAUGACGCCGCUCCCCCGGACUGAACGAUGUCGGCGUCCCCGUGCUCGUGGAUAUUUUCCUCACAGCCGCAUUCUAUUUGUGGGGAUGCACAGCGUAGGGCCGUUAGGAAAAGAAGUCGCCGAAGCAUUCCGGUCCAUGCAUGCCAAGCGCUGCAUCUGCCUCUUCGGGGCAUAGCACUGGGUGUGUUGCGGAUUUUGGAAACAGCAGCAGAGCUGGAUGUACAGGUACAAACGAUGGCACAACGAGCCAAGCGAGCGGGCCG